AUGGCAUUGACAGCAUUCAUACGCGACGUGCUGACCCAUCCACGGCACACACAAUGGAUCGCUCCCCUUCUUGUCCUGGGUGAUGCAGUCCUCUGCGCUCUUGUAAUUUCGAAGAUCUCCUACACCGAGAUUGACUGGUCAACCUAUAUGCAGCAAGUGUCCCUGUAUGUCUCUGGCGAACGCGACUAUACAGCCAUCAAGGGCUCAACAGGCCCCCUCGUCUACCCCGCCGCGCACGUCUACAUCUACACCUUCCUCUACCACCUUACCGAUGAAGGUCGCGAUAUCCUCCUCGGCCAGAUUCUAUUUGCCGCUCUAUACCUGGCCACCUUGAUUGUCGUUAUGGCUUGUUAUAGGCAGGUCGGAGCUCCGCCGUACCUCUUCCCGCUCCUGGCCUUGUCCAAACGUCUUCAUAGCAUCUUCAUAUUGCGCAUGUUCAACGAUGGCGUCGCGACUUUUGUCAUGUGGAUUGCGAUCUACCUUUUCAUGAAGCGCAAGUGGACUGCUGGUGUCGCGGCGUGGUCUUUGGGUACCGGUAUCAAGAUGACCCUGGUAUUGUUCGCGCCUGCUGUUGGCAUCAUUCUGCUCCUAAGCGUGGGAUUGGCGCGAAGUGUUGGGCUUGGUCUUAUGGCCGUCCUCAUCCAGGUCUUGCUCGCUAUGCCUUUCCUCCAAACCAAUCCGAUUGGCUACAUUUCCAAGUCCUUUGAGCUGUCUAGGCAGUUCUUGUUUAAAUGGACGGCGAGGAGACUUUUCUUUUCGAGAGAAUUCUCUUUGGCUUUGCUAGUUCUGCACGUCUCUCUGCUUGCUAUCUUCGCUAUCGUAUGGGUGAGGCCAUCAGGAACCAACAUGCUCCGCUUUCUUCAGAACGUGAUUCGAGGUCGCCAAUCGACGGAGACCCUUUCAAAAAGAUAUAUCUUGGCCUCGAUGCUGAGCUCGCUAUUUUACGCCUAUCUGGCGUGGGCCACUCCGAUCGUUCUCUGGCUUAGUCGCAUCCACCCAGUUCUCAUUCUGAGCGGCUGGGCGAUGCAGGAGUGGGCUUGGAACGUUUUCCCCAGUACCGACCUUAGUUCAAAGCUUGUGGUCUCCGUCCUUAUCCUGCAGGUCAUUGGUAUCUGGUUCGGGCUGAACAAAGUUGAUACUGAGCGUGGAGGAGCCGCUGGGGGCAGGACAGCACGCCCACAAUAA